UUCUCGAGAAUUGGCAACCGGUUUUCCUCCCAUAUCUUUGAACUAUAAUUUCAAAUCGCAAAAUUGGUACUUGAAUUGUCGCCAUUGUGAAGAUUUAGCAACGAAUCAUUUGUUUUACAAACAAGCUAGUCACUUGUCAAUUGUGAGGAAAAUCGGACAAUUUUGGUUGAAAUUUCCACACUUUGGGACCAAAGUUAUCAAUGAAAAACGGAUGAACCCGCUUGGCUCUAAAAAUUCAUGUUUCUUGGGAUGGAUUUGAAGGAUCUAGGCGUGAUGCAAAUAAUAGUGAGGGCUAUGGCAGAAGGAAAUGGGGAACUCAAAAUGGAAGAAAAGCAGUCGAAGGAGGAGAUGGAGUAUGUCGAGAGAACGGAGGACUUCGCUAAGUUGAUUCAGUAUGGACUCGAUGAAAAAGUGGCGGCUAAAUUAGAUGAAAUUUACAAAACUGGGAAACUAGCGCACGUUGAUUUGGAUGAACGAGCCCUCGAUGCCCUUAGAGAAUUUCCAGUUGAUGGUGCACUUAGUGUUCUAACGCAAUUUUUGGAAUCAAAUCUUGAGCAUGUUUCUAAUAAAUCGGCGUAUCUCUGUGGUGUCAUGAAGACUUACAGACAAAAAAGCAGGGCAGGACAGGGCACAGGCACUAGUACAACGCCCAAAGCACCAGACGAAGACAAAAUUAAGAUGAUACUUGAAAGAACUGGAUACCCACUCGAUGUCACCACUGGACAACGAAAAUACGGUGGGCCACCCCCAAGUUGGGAAGGGCCCACUCCAGGAAAUGGAUGUGAGGUAUUCUGUGGAAAAAUUCCAAAAGACAUGUACGAAGACGAACUAAUUCCACUGUUCGAGAAAUGUGGAAAAAUCUGGGAUUUGAGGCUUAUGAUGGACCCCAUGUCUGGCACCAACCGGGGAUACGCUUUUAUAACAUUUACCAAUCGAGAAGCGGCACAACAAGCAGUCAGAGAGCUCGAUAAUUACGAAAUAAAACCCGGCAAGAGUCUGAAAGUAAACAUUAGCGUUCCUAAUCUACGACUUUUCGUCGGGAACAUACCAAAGUCAAAAGGCAAAGAGGAGAUCUUGGAGGAAUUCGGUAAUUUAACAGCUGGCCUGACCGAGGUGAUUAUCUACAGCUCGCCGGAUGACAAGAAAAAGAACAGGGGAUUCUGUUUUCUCGAGUAUGAGUCCCACAAGGCAGCAUCACUGGCGAAAAGAAGACUCAGCACAGGUCGUAUCAAGGUCUGGGGCUGUGAUAUCAUAGUUGACUGGGCUGAUCCCCAGGAGGAACCUGAUGAACAGACUAUGGCUAAAGUUCGAGUUCUCUACGUAAGAAAUUUGACCCAAGAUUGCUCGGAGGAAAAACUGAAGGAGUGUUUUGAGCAGUAUGGAAAAAUCGAUAGGGUGAAGAAGAUCAAGGAUUAUGCAUUUGUACAUUUUGAAGACAGAGACUGUGCAGUCAAGGCAAUGCGUGAACUUAAUGGCAAAGAAAUUGGCGGCUCACACAUAGAGGUGGCCCUUGCGAAGCCCCCGUUUGAUAAGAAGAAGAAGGAAGAUAUGCUGAGGGCCAGGGAACGGAGAAUGAUGCAAAUGCUGCAAGGACGUGGCGGGGGCUCUCCGUCACAUCCCAGUAUGAUUGGAGGACCCAUGCCAGUUCGUGGAUCUGGUAGCCAAGGUCCACGUGGAACUGGAACUGGAAUGAGACCACCGAUGGGCCGUGGGGACUACACCAUCAAGGAAAUAGAUUAUGAUUACGACUAUUACGGUUAUGGGGAUUAUCGAGGUGGCUACAGUGAUCCAUAUUAUGAUGACUAUUAUCGAUACGAAGAUUACUAUUUCGAUUAUGCGCCGCCUCCGCCGCCUGCCAGAGGGAGAGGCAGGCAGCCGCAACCGGCUGGUCGUGGCCGUGGACUGGUGGCCCGUGGCCGAGUAGUCGGUGGCCCCCAAGCCCGUGGCCCAGUCAGGGGGGGACGCAACCCCGCAACAUCCGGGGCCCGUGGGGCCCAGCGGCCAGCCGUUCGUGGGGGGGUCCGCGCCAAGGGAAGUUUACCAGGUGAGGAUGCAGGUAAGCGAAAAUUUGACGGGGGUCACCAGAACCAGGGGGAAUCUAAACGUCGCUUCCAGAGCAGCUGGGGAAACCAGCCCCUCGCCCAACAACCGCUGGGCAAUACGUACGGAUUAGCGAAUGUUAACGGUGGCGGUGGUGGUGGUGGUGGCAGUGGUGGUGGCACUGGUAGCGGUAUCGGUGGCGGUGGUGUUGGUUUUGUCGAUAGAACAACCGGUGCCACUGCUGGCGAUGAGCACGAGUGGUACCAGGACUCAUACAACUCGUGGAGCUAACUUCCGUCUGAUAACGUCAUGCAAUUCGAUUAACUAUUACAAUAAAUUCAAAAACCGAGAUAACUAAAUCCUCGAUACCACGAAAAUUCAGAUGAAUAAAGAUAAAAGGCAAAGCAAGAGUAACGAGGGCCUCAUUUUUCGACAAAAAGCUCAAUUGCCGGGAGUUCAAUGUUAUCGGCUAAAGUCAUCACCGAACUCAGCGUGUAAUAAUUGUAAAUGUAGAUUUUCCAACACUCAAUGUAACAGACGGAUGAAUUUAAAGUGAACCGUUGUAUUUAGGGGAUAAAUGCCGACGCGGAGGGAUGAUUUUUUUUUUCUUUCUCUUUUUUAUAUCAAUGAUUUGUUCAAUUGUAAUCAUCACUAUACCAUAACCACACCACACACCACACCACCGUCAUUCGCGUCGCGCCGAUUAUAAAGAAAAAAAAAUGUUGUGAUUUUAAUGAUGAAAUGUACAGUGAUGUGCCACUGGGACUAGUUAUUAUUACAUCGGAGUGACCACCCAUCCACCCCGUACUAUUAAUUGAUAAUGUUAAUUGUAAUAUCGUAUAUCGUUAAGGUUUAACCACUACUGCAUUGUCACAUUGUUUACUGCCAAGGGAGAGAGAGUGAUUUUUAGGAUGAUGGAACGACGAUUAAAAUGAUAGGGCUAUACGAGCGAAGUGAUGAAAUUAUUGAGAUAAAAAUUUAGAGGGCUUGCAAGUUAAAGGGAAAAAAAAUUUAAAAACAACUAAAAAAAUGUUUAUUAUUAUUAUUAUAUUAGUUUGAAGAGAAUUAGGAAAAAAUUGACGUUGAAAAUUAUGUUUGGAACUUUGUGAUGGCUCGUAUUUAGUUAAGUGGUUAAUGACAGCGUGACAGCCUGUGGUUGUAAGUGAUGUCGUUCGAGUAGAUUUUUUUUUUUCACUGUUUGAAACGUUUUUCUUUACUUCUCUUUCAUUGUUUCAUUAUUUUUUUUUCUUUCAUUACUAAAAAGAAUAAUAAAAAUAAGAAACGAAAAGACUACUCGUAGCAUGGAUAAGUGGCUGGUUGAUGAGGUUGAUGAGGACUGAGAUUCUUUUUUUUUUUAAACGAUGGGAGUGUUUACGGAUGCGUGUGGCGUAUGGAAGAAGAGCUUUUGAAAUUUAUAAGAGUGUGAGUGGAAAUGUAAUCGGUAAUUGGGGCUGGAAAAAUUUUGAGGGUUUUUAGAACUUUAGGCUGGAAAAUAAUCUUGAAAAAGGGAAAAAAAAAUUGAUUAUGAGUUAAGGAAUUAAUAAAAUCAGAUGUGUGCAUCCUCCUGUGUGUUCAUGUAUGCGUGAGGAUUGGUAAGAGGGCGAUUAUCGCCGCCUAGACUUUCUAUUGUUGGUCUAUAAUGUGUACAGUCAGUGAAACUAUUAUUAUUAAGGGUCAGGCAAGAAGGUUUAAUCCGGGCGAAAAAUCAAUUCGCCGUCUGAGUUGAUGGUGUUCUUUGAAAAUUUUCCAUUUUUUUUUCUUUUUUUUUUGGCUGAGUUCUAAUCGUCGAUUCGAUCGAGUGUCGAGUCGAUGAGAAAAUUGUGAUCGAAUUGGGGUUCGAGAUUAAGACUUAAUAUUGCUCAUGUUAUGAGACUAAAUUAAUGGCAAAGGAAGAGAGAAAAAUGUGAACUAUCCGACGAGGAUACCGAUUUUGUAUAUUAGAGAAAAUCAUUCGAUUAAUUCAAUUGAAUUAUGAAAGAAAAUUAUCGAUAACUCGUAUCUAAAUUCUAUAACUGUAUUUUCUUUACUGCAUUUUUCUACAAAAUGCUAUUUAUACUCUCCCUCCAGUAAUCGAUUGGACUAGGAUAAAUAAAAAAAAAUGGAGGUGAGAUAUGAAAUUUUGGUAGAUGUGAGAUAAUUUUUCGAAAUUGCGUGACUAUUGCGCUUUCGAUGCUUUUUUUAUUUUCAUCAUAUAUUGGGGAAAGAAUAAAAAUAAUCCAACUCGACUGGCUGCCGAAUUGAUAAUGAUAGUUGACAGAUUCGAAUGAUUAAAAUUGAAAAAUUUUGAAAUCAUUAUGAUUACGCAGUAGAUCAUACACCGGAUUAAUGCAUGUGAAAAAACAAUGGGGUAAACGAUAAAAAGUGGGGUAAAAAAAAAGAAGAAAAAAAAGAAAGUGAGAGAGUAACACAUACAAGCACACGACUUUUUGAGUGUUGAGACUCGUUGUUAUUGUUAGCCUGUUAGUUAAUUAGUAAGAGUUGUAAGUGCGGGUUGUAAGUUGGUCCCUGUCCCUGGAGCCCAGACAUCCCCCCUGUUCUGGAGAUUUAAAUAAUUCAAAUGGAAGAAAGCAAAUUAACAAGAAAAAUAUCUAAAAAUAUUAAUUGCAAAGUA